AUGUCCUCAAACCUAUUUUCACAACCAUUCAUGCCUCUGAGUGGUACAUCCUCUAAUGUAUCCCAAUCAGUUGCAUCAUCUUCAGCACCAACUUUGAAAAAAAGACGAAACUCUGCAAUUAUGCAACAUUUCGAAUUGGAAAAGGAGAAUUUAGAAGAAAGUAUAACUGGCAACAAUAGUGGUCCUUCUUCAAAGUUUAGAUCUUCAUUCAAUUUUACAAAUCCCAAUGAAAAAGCUAAACCAAAUUUGGGUAAGAGAAGAGCUUCCCUUCCAGAAGAUAAGAUUUGCCUUCAGUUGGAAGAUAUCGUAGAAGCACCUGGACAUUUCAUGACUAGUGAUCCGAUAUUCGAUAUUUUCAAGAAGAUUUCUCAAUACAUGACAGAUAAGGAUUGUUUCGAAUCGUCACUUUCGUUAGCUUGUUCAAGUGCUAGAGAAGCUGUUUUGCAAACACAUUUCCUUGGAAAACCUUCGAUUAUUAAUAAUUAUUUGAAGAAUUGGAUUGUUUCAAAAACAUAUCAAGAUCAUUCAAGAAAGGAAUUGCCAGAACUUGUUCUUAGAUUUAACAAUGCGUUGUUUGUUCAUAUGAAUCCAAUUCUAUUAGUAUUGUGUGCACAACAUGGCUGUGAAGCCAUUCUAUUCGAUACAAUCAACCAUCCCUUCCUCACAUUUUCCCUCUUCCGUCAAUUGAGCACUCAUGACAUUGGAGAGUUGAUGCAAUUCACAGAUAUGAAAUUUUACAGCAUCUUCCAUCCACUUGAUUUAUUCUCAAUUCUGUUGUGUGAAUCUGUGAAUUGUAACUUUUACAAUUUGGCCACAACUUUACAUAAUAAUCACUUGGUGAAUGCUACUUGUCCACUUCAUGCUAAGGAAAAGGUUUCCAAGCUUGAGAUUAUGCUGGAAAUUGCAUUAGAAAGAGAUUUGCCGAAAGCAUACUUCUUCCUGUUGGAGAAACUGGUCGAAAUGAAGAGAUUGUACAUUGAAGAAUUGACAGAUACCUACAAUCGAUUGAGUCAAUCUCUAGAUUCGAAUCCAAUUCGUGAAUUAGUUGAAGGUGAAGAUGCGUCAAAUGUUGGCUGGGUUCCAAUCUUUGAAGAAGAAGAACAGGAAAUGGAAUGGAGUGUCGAGAAGAAACUAGUCCAACGCUAUUUCCACACCAAAUUCAAACACUUUGUCUUGGAUUGUCCACGAAUUUUCUAUGAAGGAUUUUUGGGCAGUGGAAAAGUUGAUGAGCACAUCUUGCAAGUUCUCAAGAGAUUUGUUGGACAUUGCUCGACCAUUCCAGAGAGGGAGUUUAUUGUAGAGAAGUUUGUUUUGGCACUUGUUAGAAAUUUGGAUAAGGAUCUUCCAUAUGUGAUUGAUUGUUUGUCUGAGCAUGUGAAUGAGUUUUCGUAUGGUUUCUCCAGAGCUGUAUUUGGUAAUGAAGGUGUUGUAAAGAAUGGCAUUCUCAAAUCAGUUCAUAUCUUUAAAACAAUUGGUCAUCUAUUAGAAAGAGAGAAGAAUGAGAAGGAAAACAAUUCACAAGACUAUAUAUUUAGUAUUGAUCAAUUGAAAAGAAUUUUCGAGGAGAUGGAAUUCAGACACAACUUUAUGGCCCUUGACAACUUUAGAAAGAAACUUCUCUCCUAUAGAGAUAAGGAUUUAGUUUAA